AACCAUGUCUAUUUACGAAUACGAGCUUGGCUCUCACCACCAACAGUUGCAAAUUCAAAAAUAAAUAAAAUAAAGAAAAUUGCCGCUAAUUCUCCAUCCAACUUGAGGUUUUCUGCUCAUCUCUCUCUUCCAAUUCCCAAACAGGCAAACACCCACUAUUAAAUUAAACACUGGUUUGUUUACCAAGAGCUCUUAUGGUUUCCGCAUCCGCUCCUCUUCAAAUCAUGGACGACGACGAUGAAUUCGACUGGGAAGCAGCUGUUCAUGAAAUCGAUGUGGCGUGCCGGGCAACUGCUGCUGAAAUGCCCACAGUCGUUCCUGAUUCAAACUGCAAACAAGAGAUGUUUGUGAACACAGAUCAAGCAAUGCGGAAAAAGGGGAAAUUUGAGGCUAAUCUUAGUUCAGCUCCUUCAACUAGGCAAACUACUUUAGAUAAAUUUAUUGGGGUUUCGUCUUGUAAUUCAAGGAAAUUUGAGGAAAAGGCGGGAAAUUCGUAUGGGCAGCUAUGUAUGAGUAAUAGUAUUGGGAAUAAUAUUUGUGAAGAAACUGAGAAGCUUAAUGAGUUUGUUAGCAUUGAUGCUGAGGCUGCCAAGACAUGGAUUUACCCUGUAAAUAUCCCUUGUCGUGAUUAUCAGUUAUCUAUUACCAGGACUGCGCUGUUUGCCAAUACUUUAGUAGCAUUGCCAACAGGACUUGGAAAAACUCUUAUCGCUGCCGUCGUCAUGUAUAAUUUCUUCAGAUGGUUUCCUGAAGGAAAAAUUGUUUUUGCUGCUCCUUCUCGACCACUAGUGAUGCAACAAAUAGAAGCUUGUCAUAAGAUUGUUGGAAUUCCACAAGAGUGGACUAUUGAUCUAACCGGACAAACGAGUCCUUCGAAACGAGCAGAAUUUUGGAAAUGCAAACGUGUUUUUUUUGUUACUCCACAAGUGUUAGAGAAGGAUAUACAAUCUGGCUCCUGUCUGGUGAAGAAUCUGGUGUGCCUGGUGAUUGAUGAGGCACAUCGUGCGACAGGAAACUAUUCCUACUGUGUAGCUGUCCGUGAGUUGAUGGAUGCUUCAGUCCAACUAAGAAUAUUAGCUUUGACUGCGACACCCGGAUCUAAACAGCAGACAAUCCAGCGUGUCAUUGACAAUCUUCAAAUAUCUACACUCGAAUACCGAAAUGAAAGUGAUCCCGAUGUACUGCCUUUUGUGCACGAGAGAAAGAUAGAACUGAUUCAGGUAUCGAUGGGUGAUGAAGCCAUUGAAGUAGAUAGUCUGCUUUUGGAAGUUGGACGUCCAUUUCAUGCCCGUCUUUGCACAUUUGGGCUGCUUCCAAAGAGAGACAUCCAGACAUUGAGCCCCUGUGAUUAUCUUAAAUCAAGGGAGAUGUUUUGCGAAAAGCCGCCUGCGGGUUUUCCUCAAUCGAGGCAAGGUGAAUUUUUGGGUUAUUUUGGAGCUCUUCUUACGUUGCAUCAUCUCAGGAAAUUGCUUUCAAGCCAUGGUAUAAGGCCUGCAUUUGAGAUGAUUGAUGAAAAAUUGAAACAAUGGCAGUUUGCACGAAUGGUAGGCAGAAAUGAAGCACUUUUGAAAGCAAAACUUCUAAUGCAGAAAACUGUUUCCCACGGUGCCCCGAGCCCCAAAUUAGCAAAAAUGCUGGAAGUACUGAUUGACCAUUUCAAAGCGAAAGAUCCAAAAAACUCCAGGGUGAUCAUUUUUUCAAAUUUCCGGGGUAGUGUCAGGGACAUACUUGAUGCACUUAAAAACAUUGGGGAAUAUGUUAAAGCUACAGAGUUCAUUGGACAAAGCUCCGGAAAAACCUCAAAAGGACAAUCGCAAAAAGUUCAACAAGCUGUUUUACAGAAAUUUCGGACAGGCGGGUACAAUGUCAUUGUUGCAACUUCAAUUGGUGAGGAAGGUCUUGAUAUCAUGGAAGUUGAUCUUGUCAUAUGCUUCGAUGCUAAUGUCUCGCCUUUGAGAAUGAUUCAACGUAUGGGGAGGACUGGGAGGAAGAAUGAAGGACGAGUUGUAGUUUUAGCAUGUGAAGGGUCAGAACUGAGAGGUUAUAUGCGAAAGCAAGCAAAUAGCAGGUCUAUUAAUAAGCACAUGAUAAAUGGUGGCACGAAUAGCUUUAAUUUUCAUCCCAGUCCAAGGAUGGUUCCACAUUCUCUCAAACCAGAACUGCGACGUCUUGAGAUGUCAAUUGAGGAGUAUGUUCCCCGUGGAUCAAAAGCGAAGGAUUCUGAACCCUCCCCGUUGCCUGCAUACAAAGACAAAAUUACAGAUGCCGAGAAAGAUUUGCUCGCCAAGUAUUUUGUCGCUACUCAAGAAGAUGCUUGGAGACCAUCUCUUAUUGCUUUUCCUCACUUCCAGGCAUAUCCAUCCCCUGCAAAUGACGUGUUGCAUUCAUCUAGAACACUGCUACUAAUAGAUACCAUGCAGCAUUUGCAAGAGCUAACGUAUUCUCACGACCGCAAUCCUUCAGCAGAGGAUGAUGAUGUUCCAGAUCCUUGCUUGAGAGUUUUACCGGUGGAGCGUCAAGACAACGUUAUAGAAGAUUCAGAGAGGUAUAUGGAUCGUGCUGAAGAGGAAUCGGAUAAGGAAGCUGAAGGAUCAGGUCAAGAGCUUCAGGAGACUGAGUUGCAAAAACCAAAAACUUGGUUGCAUACUUUCCUCUUUGCUUCAGAAUUUGUAUCCGUGGAUGGUGUUGGAAAUGUCUUGGUUUUAUCAUUACCUCAACUGCCUCUGGGCUCGAGUUCUAAACGAACGGAAGUUAGCAAUGUGGCUUCUCCGUAUCAUUUGAUGCAGGAUUACAAGGGCCAUGCAGAGAUUCCUCUGCAACCUAUGGAUAAUCACCCUUUGCACCCAAGACCCCUUGACGAGACUGUACACGAAUUUAGUUUAAGCAACCCGAGUGCAGAAGACGAGAAGAAGUUUGACAUGGCUGAGGAAAUUCUCCAGUCCCCGGUUUCAAGCAGAAUGCAGAAUGAAACGGAUAUCUCCGACCAGGAUCUUAUAGAUAUCGAACUUAGUCCAAGGCUGACUAAUUUCAUCAAAAGUGGAGUUGUUCCAGAAUCUCCGAUAAAUGAUUCUGAGACAUGGAAGGGCAACAGACGUGAUGUUCUUGCUGUUCCUGCUCUCGUUUCUUCUCUAAAUUUGGAAACCGAGCGUUUCUUGAACUCUUGUGAACACAAGAAGAAGGAACAUGUAAAUGGCAGCUCGGAGGAGAUGGAUAUCCUGUGUUUAAAUGACAACGGCAUUCAAACACCUCCACUAGAUUGCAACACAGGCGCAGGGGGACAAUGCUCUUCACCUGUUCCCGUCGUCAAAGAGCUGCAAACUCCUGUUACUAAACUCUCAAACACAAGCAGCAGUAAAGACUGGCUUCCAGAUAGUGGUGUCCAGCCCGAAAGUGUCGAGCAGCAGUGCAAGUUCCGUAGGCUGCGCAAGCUCGGAGAUUGCAACAGAAAAUUUUCAACAGAAACUAGGAACCAAACUGGUGCAAGCGAAAAAUUCUUAACGUCGAGAAGGGCUGACAAUCAUAAAUCAACUAAGCUUCUCAAAGCCCCCAAAUCAGGUAAGAAGAAGCAAUCAGAAGAUGCUGCAGCAUAUAUUGAAGAGGAAGCAGAGGUAUCGUCCGAUGCUACGGCAUCUGAUGAUGAGGAAGAUGUACAAGGCGGCAGUUCCUACGAGGAUAGCUUCAUAGAUGAUGGGCUGAAUUCUACAACUUCUAAUACCCAAGCCGGCAGCAGUAGGGUCGAUAUGAUGGCAAUAUACAGGCGAUCAUUACUCAGUCAAUCUCCAUUUCCAAGACCGCCCAGCUUCCCCGCAAACCACAGUCCUGACUCCGUGGUCCAAAGCAGCAAAAUGGAUGGAAGUGGAAGCUCAACAGGGACAAGACACAACAAUGCUCCUCAGACUGGCUUCGAAUCGACUGCCAGGAACAACAAAGAUACAAGUGACGGGGUUCCCACGGAGAUCCUCGAGAGCAGGUCGGAUAGCCGGAAAAGAAAAUUCAGCUUCCACCAAGCUCACUCACUGCCAAUGCUUAAUUUAGACAGAGAGUUCUCUCUACUCUCUGGGGCUGCACGGGAGAACUCGUCCGUGCAUGUACCUGUAGAGAUGGCGGGGGAGAGCAUAGAUGUUUUCGAAGACGAUGGGUUUUAUGAAGGUAUCGAUCUUGAUGCACUAGAAGAAGAAGCUACAAAGCUACUCAAGCAGAAAGCAGAGUGCUCAACGAAGAAAAUAACAGGUUCUUCUGAAACUAAUGAACAAAAUCUUGGGAUUCUGGAUAUUCCAUCGUUUGAUCUUGGUUUUUGAUUUGUUUAGUGGCGUAAGAUAAAUUUUUUUUACAUGUGUUAAGAUUGGAUGUUUGUAUUUAUUACGAAUAGAAUAGGCCGUUGAAUGUGAAUAGAAGAAUAGAUCAAUGGUAAAUGGAAAGGCAUUCCCAUGCAGUUUUUGGGUUUUUAUUUUGUAAUAAAAUAUCACAUGUUGAAGGUUA